CCCCCAACCGCCCCGGCGUGUGUGUCUGAUGCCCCCCCGCUCGCGCCCGUCGUGAGGCCGCCCGCAACACCAGCAUCUAGACGUCGUCCACGCCCCCACCCCACUGAGUCUGCAGGAUGACCAAGUACUUCGAUUUCGUGUGGAGGAAGGAGGUGGAUCAGAGGCUGCAGGACGGCGCCGUCUUCGACCGCUGGACCGAGGACAAGGAAAGCACCGACUAUGAGCCCAAUUGCGUCUUCAAAGUGGACGAAUAUGGCUUCUUCGUCUACUGGAAGAGCGACGGACGAGAAGGAAACGUGGCGGAACUCUCGCAAGUGUCCGAUAUUCGUCGCGCUCAGCUGCCCAGAGAUCCAAAAUUGGCGGAUCGGUUACUGAACAAAUUCGGACAAGAUGUAGAGGACAAAAUGUUAGCCAUUUGUUCCGGGUUGGAUUACGUCAACAUCAACUACACCAAUAUAGUGUGUAAGACCAAAGACGAAGCUGAUGCAUGGUUAGAGAACCUAAGGAAAAUCUUCCACAAUGUGAGAGCCAACAACAUAUGUCCUAUGAUGUGCUUAAAGAAACAUUGGAUGAGAUUGGGCAUGACAGUGGACGCGAUGGGCAACAUACCCGUUAAGAACAUCGUCCGAACUUUCGCCUCAGGCAAGACCGAGAAGAUGGUGUACCAGUGCCUUGAGGAUAUGAGUCUUCCCUCGGGCAAGGGCGACAGUUUGGAUAAGGAAGCCUUCACGUUCGAAAAGUUCUUCCACUUGUACUUGACCAUCUGUCCCAGAACUGAUAUUGAUGAACUGUUUACUUCUAUCACAAAAGGGGAACACGUCAGCCUUGCACAGUUGGUGAAGUUCAUGAACGAGAAGCAGCGAGACCCGAGCCUGAACGAGAUCUUGUACCCGCUGUACGACGAGAAACGGUGCAUGGAGAUCAUCACAGCACACGAACCCCACCAAGAAAACAUAGAUAACAAACGAUUUAGCAAGGAUGGGCUAUUGGCUUACCUAAUGUCAGACGAGAAUGCACCAGUAUUCUUGGAUCGUCUGGACAUCUACCAAGACAUGGACCAGCCACUCUCCCAUUACUACAUCAACUCAUCCCACAACACAUACCUUUCUGGCAGGCAGUUUGGAGGUAAAUCCACUGCCGAGAUGUACAGACAGACACUGCUGGCUGGUUGCAGGUGUGUGGAACUUGAUUGCUGGGAUGGAAAAGGUGAAGACGAGGAGCCAAUCAUCACCCACGGAAAGGCUAUGUGCACAGACAUCCUCUUUAAGGAAGCCAUCAUUGCCAUCCGUGACUGUGCCUUUGUCACCUCUGAUUAUCCAAUUAUCCUUUCCUUCGAAAACCAUUGCUGCAAGAAACAACAGUACAAACUAGCCAAGUACUGUGACGAGUAUUUUGGGGAUCUUCUUUGCAAGGAGCCACUACCAGACAGUCCACUGGUUCCUGGCCAUCCUCUUCCUCCUCCCAGUCAACUCAAGAACAAGAUCCUUAUCAAGAAUAAGCGACUGAAGCCAGAGGUGGAGAAACAGGAGCUGGAACUGUUCCUUCAGGGUCAGCUUGAUCUCGUGGAUGAUGAAGAUGCAAAGGAAGAUGCUUCACAGGCUACUGCUGCUCCCAAAGAGGCCAAGAGUAACCCGUGCACUACCAUCACCACCCCUGUGUCGCAGCCCUCGCUAGAAGACGAUAAGCCCCUGACGGCGGAGGAGCGAGCCUUCCUCUAUUACCAGUAUACGGGCGCAACCACCCACGUCCACCCUGUCCUCUCUUCCUACGUCAACUACUGCCAGCCAGUCAAGUUCCAGGGCUUUGAUGUGGCCGAAGAAAAGAAUGUCCAUCACAACAUGUCUUCAUUUUCGGAGACCAUGGGGUUAGGAUACCUCAAGACACAGGCUAUUGAGUUUGUCAACUACAACAAGCGACAGAUGUCUAGAAUCUACCCCAAGGGAGCCAGAGUGGACUCCUCCAAUUACAUGCCUCAGGUGUUCUGGAAUGCUGGUUGUCAGAUGGUGUCCCUGAACUUCCAGACCCCAGAUCUGCCCAUGCAGUUAAACCAGGGAAAGUUUGAAUACAAUGGAAACUGUGGAUAUCUACUCAAGCCUGACUUCAUGCGUCGUACAGACAAAACCUUCGAUCCGUUUGCAGAAUCUCCUGUAGAUGGUGUGAUUGCUGCUCAGGUUGCUGUGUCGGUCAUAGCUGGUCAGUUCUUGUCAGACAAGAAAGUUGGCACAUACGUGGAGGUGGACAUGUAUGGCUUACCAACAGACACCAUCAGGAAAGAAUUCAGAACCCGAAUGAUCCCAGGAAAUGGUCUCAACCCACAGUACAAUGAGGAACCCUUCCUCUUCCGUAAAGUUGUUUUGCCUGAUCUGGCUGUGCUAAGAUUUGGUGUGUUUGACGAGAAUGGCAAGAUGUUAGGCCAGCGUAUUCUGCCCCUUGACGGUCUCCAGGCUGGCUAUCGUCAUAUUUCCUUGCGUACAGAAGGCAACUUCCCAAUGUCUCUUCCCAUGUUGUUCUGUAAUAUUGAACUCAAAAUUUAUGUACCUGAUGGUCUUGGCGAUCUCAUGGAUGCCCUCUCUGAUCCUCGGGCUUUCUUGAGCGCCCAAGAGAAGCGAGAACAGCAGAUGAAGGCCAUGGGUAUUGAGGCAUCAGAUAUUGACACAAAAGCCCUGAAAGGUGGAAAGGGAGGUGCUAAGACAGGUGCAGCAGGAGGCAAACCAGCUGCAGGUGCUGGCGGUGCUGCUGGUGCCAAGAAAGAGGAAGAAGUCCUUGACUUUGAGCCCAUCAAUCUAGAAACACUUAGAGCUCAGAAGAACUUCUUGAAGGCAACUAAGAAGCAGCAGAAGGAACUUGAAAGUAUGAGAAAAAAACACAUGAAGGAACGCUUGUCUAUCCAGAAGGGUCAGUGCAGUGCUAUUGAAAAGGUUGCUAAGGGCAAAAAAGAGGUACUGGAUGACCCUAAGAUCAAGGCAAUAGUGACUGACCAGAUGAAGCAGUGGUCUGAGAUGAUGGAGAAGCACCGCAAGGAGGAGUGGGAGAUGCUGAAGGAGCAUCUUAAGAGUCAAGAAGACAUCCUCAAGAAGCUCAUGGAGGAAGAACAGGCCGGCCAGAUUAAGAAGCUGGAAGGAAAGCAUGAACAGGACAUGAAAGACAUGAAAGCAAACCAGGCAAAGUUGGCAGUAGAAACAGCAAAGGAUGUAGCAUCAGACAAGACACUGAAGACAAAGGCCGACCGUGAUCGUCGUUUGAAGGAAAAGAAUCAAAAUAACACCAAGAGAUUCAUUGAAGAGCGAAAGAUUUCAGCCAUGAAACAGGGCAAGCAGAUGGACAAGUUGAAAAAGGUCCACAAUGAGCAAAUGAGUGCCCUCACCAAGGAUAUCCAGAUGGCCAUCCAAUUUUAUGAGAACACAGAAGCUGAAUACAAGAUGUGGCAGAAGAUUGAAUUUUUCUGUUGAAGAGUCAGCCCUCCAUAAUGUAGCUGGAGUUGUGUUAUGGCACACUCUUCACCUCAUGUGAAGAUCUCCAGACCAGCUGCCUUGGUUCAUCUGCAAGCCUUAGCAUCCAUUAUUUCUGUGCAUCUGCAAUAUUAGCCCAUUGGUAAAGUGUGUGUAAUGUGCAUGAAAUGAGGAGUGAUGAAAAUCAGGGUAAUUAGAUGUGUCUGGUUUACAAAACAAAACAACGGAAAUGUGGUUAAGCUCUAAAUUCUCUUUGGUUUAGUAGACUUGGAAAAUCUGCUAUUCAAAUUCUAGUAAAAAGAAAGUUAAUGCAAACUUAAUCAACACAAUAAAAUGCAGUAAAAAAGAAAGAAAGAAAGAAAGACACAAGUAAUGUGAUAAUGAAUUCCAAAGUCACAGAAUAGUGGAAAUGUACAUGUGGUGGUUGCUUUUCCUGAGACACGGUAGGCGAAUUAAUAAUGCGCUGUGUAUAAUAAGGGAAGACUUUUUCUAAUAGGCUUUGUUUCCGCACGGGAAAUCUAGUCAACAAUAAACGGGCUGGUUGACUUUAAGAUGAGUUGUAGCGGUUUCAUAUAUUGGCAAUAACAGAUUUUAAUAACUGUAUAUUCUUUUCUUUAAGGUUGAGCAAUUUGUUCAUUGUAAGAUUCUAUUGUUAAUGGUCCCAGAUAUAUUUUUGCCACUGAAAAACAUAGCUCUAUUGAAUGUUGAUUACUGGCUAUAACUUUUAUAAAGAGCUUAUACAGAUUUAACACUGUUAGCAUCAUUAUAGGUAACAUUUCAUUUUCCCAAAGUUUAUAGCAGUAGACAUUUUUUUCUUUGUUUUGUCAUUUUGAUUUAUAUAUUUCAUAUGUAGCCUUUUCAUUAUUGUAGUGGUGAUGACUAAUGUUUACAUUACUUAGUGUAUUACAUUAUUUUCUCAAUUGUUGCUUGUUGUUCUCAAUAUUGUAUUACAGUAUGCAUUCCUCUCUCAGCUUUAGCAUAAUUAUUGAUUUAGGAAGUAUUACAUAUAGGAUAUGAUAAUUAUAUAAACAUAUUUAUAUAGAUAUAUAAUCAAUGUUAUCCUUGACUGAGAAAUAUUUUGUGAGGUAACUUAGUUUUGAAUAAUGUUGAUAUGAUUAUCAGACAUGCAUAUAUAUGCAUAUAAUGCUGUUCAGUUUUUGAAAGAGUCCGAAACUCCUUGUACCUUCUAGUCUGUUCUAGUCAAUUUGAUAAGAAUUUAUAUUUAGAAUAUAUUAUAUAUAUUUAUAUAUUCCACUUGUAUGUCAAGACUGCUUCCUCUGUAGUGCCAAGUGUUGAUGUGCACCAAACUGUUAAUUACACGAUCAGUGGAUGUGAUCCUUUGAAUAGGUGACAUUAAGGUCCAGAUUCUUCCUGACAAUACAGUCAAGAUCAGCCUUAUGAGAGUGUGCUAACAAUGGGUCACUUUAAGUGAUUGUAUUCUUUCCAAAUACACACAAAAAAUCACAUUAAAGUAUAACAGAGUAGAUGCCCAAGAUUGCUAAUCACUUUACUUCCAGACAUUAAUGUUUUUGCUAUUGUUUGUAGACAAGCUAAGUCUUUGCCACUUAAUGAUUUAAAGCAUCAUAAAUGUCAUUGUCAUUUGGUGAUUACAGCAUUGAAAUGAAUACACUAAACAUAAAGGCAAAAUAUGUGAAUGGAAUUAGGAUAUGUGGGAGGAAUCAGUGAGGAAAAAAAUUACUUCAUGAGGACUUUGUUAUUGAUACAGUAAACUACAGUAAUCAACAGCAAUUGAUUUAGAUAUAAAUGUCAUUGGUGGACUGAACUGUAACUGCUGUCAUAAUAUGACAAUUGAAAAGUCAGGGGAAAAUGCUGACAAGUCAACAAAAUGUGGCUGGCAUUCCAUGGUGGAACUUUGUAGUUCAGAAAACCACCUGGACUAAACUGGCAACUGCAGUAAAUUCAUGUGCUUCUUUGCUACAUACACACAUCAGAUCAUAUUGGUGUUAUAUCUUGAUAUUCAUUAAGCAAUUUUUACCUACGGGCAGUUUUGCCAACGUGCCAAAGAAUCAAAGUUUCCAUCCUCCAGGCAUGAAGCCCAUCGGAAGCAGAGUCAGCCAAUAUUUUUAUACGUUUGGAUAAUAAUGAUAUUGAGGGUAUUUUUUAUCAUCAGUGUUUAGAUGUGAAUAACGUCCAUUAAUGGUGUAACAAUAUGUAUGAAUAUGUACAGACACACAUGUCUCCUUCUAUCUCUAUCUCAAACACACACACACACACACACACACACACACACACACACACACACACACACACACACACACACACACACACACACACACACACACACACACACACACACACACACACACACACACACACACACACACACAAAUGUGCGCAUGCAUAGGGAAAUAUACACGUACCCAUUCAUAGGCACACAUACAUGUGCACACAUGAACACCUCACCUCUUUCUCUCUUUCUCUCUUUCUUUCUCUCUUUCUUUCUCUCUCUCUCUCUCUCUCUCUCUCUCUCUCUCUCUCUCUCUCUCUCUCUCUCUCUCUCCCUCUCUCUCUCUCUCUCUCUCUCUCUCUCUCUCUCUCUCUCUCUCUCUCUCUCUCUCUCUCUCUCUCUCUCUCUCUCUCUCUCUCUCUCUCUCUCAAUAUAUACAUAUACAUAUAUAUAUGGAUAAAUAUUUUUAUGUUAUUUAUAUACAUAAAAUAUAUAUAUAUUUAUAUGUAUGAGUAUAUUUGUAAUGUGUGUGUGUGUGUGUGUGUGUGUGUGUGUGUGUGUGUGUGUGUGUGUGUGUGUGUGUGUGUGUGUGUGUGUGUGUGUGUGUGUGUGUGUGUGUGUGUAUGUGAGAGUGAGUGUGUGUGUAUGUGAGAGUGAGUGUGUAUGUGAGAGUGAGUGUGUGUGUAUGUGAGAGUGAGAGUGAGAGUGAAUGUGAGUGUGCUUAUUUGUGUGCACAUACUUAUGUGCAUGUGUAUGUUGCAUAUUUGUGUGCGUGUGCGUGUGUGUGUGUGUACAUACAUGCAUCCGCAUAUAUGAUUAACUUUUUAAUUCACGUAAAAGAGCUGCAUCACUUCUGGUCAGUUGCUGAGCUUAUGGCAUGAGGAAGUAUGGGACUAGUUACCCUGGUUUCUCAAAUGACACUGGCUGCAGUUGUUGACAGGAGCUCAACAAGUGUGGUGAGGCAGUCAAAGGCUGUCACCAUAUUCUUACAAAAUAGUAAAUAAUUUGUGCCUAUAUUACUGUACCAACUGUAAAGUCAUUUGUACCAUCCUCAUAUAUUGCAUAGUGAACAUGCCAUCCUCAUAAUAUUUAUAGUACAUAUUAUACACUUCAUGGAACAUGUCGCUUCAAGUUGUGGACUAUUUUACUAAGGUUAUGAACAAAACACUUAAAUGUAUAAUAGAAUGAUGAUAAUGAUAAUUGUAAUGAUUAACUCCAAAGCUUUCUUUAAGAUAAGUCUUCUCUAUUUUAUUGAACAGAAAUGAUAUGUAUUUUAUGAAUCAAAAUAGGAAAUCAAAUAAAGUUGGACACUAUUGAAUUAGAACAUUUGUAGGUUGUUUCAAAUCUUGUAGGAACAGGUCCCUUUUGCAGUUAUUUAUUAUGCGUAAUAAAUUGUUAUAAAAAUCAA